AUGGCAGCCGGGGUGGUGGUGGCCGGAGACAGCGUCGGAGAUGCCCCGUUCCCAACGCCAGAACCAACAGCAUCGACGGUAGCGAGGGGAGAUGGCACAAGUAGUCGGCCGCUGCCGCGGUUGAAUGCCCCUCCGCACGACUAUGUACGACAUGCCUACUCCCCUCGGGCAGGCCCCCUGUGGAGUUCCGUGGCGGCGUUUCUAGGAUGGACGGAAGAACUGGCGAGGGGUCUCAUAACGUUCGGAGGCGUUUACUACAAGCCGGGUGGUGCACCCGCCUUGGCUAAGCCCAAAAGGGAACUAGAUCCUGACCGAGAAGUGGAGAUCGGGGAGUACCUCCGCAUUUUCCCGGAGCCCCGAAGGUAUCCCGCCUUCCUCGGCGUUGACUGGGAGUCCAAGAUUGUGUACGAUUGUGCCGGGGUGAUGCUGGUCAACAAACCCGCGGGCGUGCCAGCACAUGCCACCGUGGACAACUUCGCCGAGAACAUGCUUGCCGGAAUCAGGAGUGUGAGGCCGGAUCUGGACUUGCUCCUCCCUCAUCGGCUGGACAUCGACACCUCGGGUCUCGUCAUCGUCGUGACCCGAAAUCUUGGGGUACAGGAACUUGGGCUUGCAAGAAAUCGAACGAAACACGCCGGCAGAGCCAAGGGGGCGGGUACCCUUCGAUCGAUCAACGAGAUCAUCAAGCGGCCGGGGCUGAUCCUUCGGACGGGAAUCGAUUCUCCACGGGACCGAAGGAGGAAGAACAAGGCCCUACGCCGAGCCGCAAAACUGACCAACGGCACCGCCAACAUCAAGACCCCCGUCUACCAAGAAGCGUCAAUGACAGCGGCGACGGCGGCGUCGGCGGCAGCAGCGGAAUCGGAAGCGUUACCAGAAACGUCGCAAGUAGGGAGGGCAAUACCUCCGACCCAAGCGUUCGCAACAGGAGCGGGAGGAGGAGGAGGAGCAGCAGCAGCAGAGACAGGAGCUGUGGAAAAUGCCGUCGGGGCAAUCACCAAGAGAUACCGGGCGUUAGUGCAGGUCUUGCCGGGGAGGUCUCCGCUGAAGGCGUCCCCGAUCCCCAUGACGCACUUCCAGAAGGUUUCCCGGAGGGCCCCGAAGGAGUUUCGACGCGAUCGCCCGCCGCAGCCAAACGCUACCAGCAACGCUAGAUCGGCGGAUACACCUGGCGGGGGAGAAGACGACGAAGGGUCGUGGAUCGAAUGCCGGCUGCUGGUGCUCUCCGCCAGCGAAGCCUCUGUCUCCCCUGUCGUCACGUCGGCAGGAUUUCCUUCUCGAACAGGCGGUUCCAUCAAGGGGGGGAUAGGAGACGGCGGCGUGUCUACGGGGAUGCUGCAGGAGGUCGAGGUGCAGCUGCUGACGGGAAGAACUCAUCAAAUCCGGGGACAGCUCGCGGCGGAGGGUUGCCCGAUCUACGGAGAUUACCUUUACGGACCAGCUGAAGAAUCGGUGCGACAACCCGGCCUCCAGGCGGGUUUCCAAAGGGACGAGAACGAUAGCAGGAGUGGAUUCGUCGAAAGCCCCAAGAUGGCGUUGCAGGCGUCCCACAUCUCGCUUGAGUUGGAAGCGGAGGAUGGGAGGAGAGAACGGCAUGUGUUUACCCUUGCGAGAGACACCUGCUGGUGGUUUGACGAAGGGUGGGGAGCGUGUGUUUCGGAUGAAUAG